AAGUCUUUUAGAUGAAAAUAGACAGUUUGGCACAAUGGAUAUAAUUGAAAAUUCUAUAUACUCUCUUGGUUUAAGAACUCCGUGUAUUACAGACAUGCUUCGAAAUUCAACAUUUUACCGUUAUUCAUCUAGAGAAAAUUCCACGACAUUUGAUAUACUUCUUCGCAGAAUAAAACGAAACAUAAAAAAUAUUGGAAAGCAAAAUUUUAUAAUGUCUGAAAAUAUAGACGGUCACAGAGGAGAAAGAGACGUAGAUUCUUUGGUUAAAUUUAUAAAUUCCUCCGAUCAUACGGUUAAAACUAAACAAACCAACGGAACAACUGCUGAUCAGAUUUGCAGCUUAGCAGAUUCCAAGAAGAAAAAUAAAAUUCGUUAUGAUAACAGAACACAAGAGAAUACAACAGAAAAAUUCGUACAGGUAGUAUCAAUGCCUGAAGAAGGUGGAUCUAAUCAGCAUUUUACAGUUUCAAAGAGUAAUCAUGCUACAGAAAGUAGAAUCUUACCUGAAUAUUGCGAUUUUCCUGGACAAGAAAACUUAGAAGACAAUGAAUUUAGAGUUGUAUUGAAAAAGCAUUGUAAGCGUUAUCCAUUAAAGAAAACGAAUGCAAACAGAUAUUACAAUGGUACUUCAGCUGCAGCAUAUAAGAACAAAAAUCAACAUCACAGUCAUUAUGCAAAACGUAAAGAAACUAGUGUUGUUUCAUCAUCUGUAGAUGAUCUCGAUUUACAUUAUGCUCAUUGUUCGUCCGUUAAUGGACCUUUAUCUUUUCAAACAUGCUCGAAUCCCGAUUCAUCAUUGCUACUAUCCUAUGCCGAUAUUGCUCGUAAGUCUAUUGCUCCAACUUCAAAAGUUUAUUGCAGUAAUUUAUAUAGAGCAACAUUUUAUUCGAGCAUCGAUAAGAAUAAACAUGCAGUUACUUUCUUACACGAAAAUUCAGAAAAUGUCAAGAAUCAAUUUGUAGAUCAUAAAGAACCAUUAGAAGUAGUUCCAUCAAGAUCUGAAAUUGAUUAUGACAAUUGUAAAUUAUCUGUUAAUGUGCAACCAGAAGUGAUUUCAAAUCACGAACAAUGCAUAAAUUCCGAUACAUCAUCGGAUUUAAAAAUAAAAGAUUCAAUGUUAAAAACCGGUGAAAAAUCUGCCAUUUACAAUAUAGAUAUAGACAAUACACUACUUUCAAAAUCGAAAUUAAUUGUCAAUAAUCCUGAAAAUAAUAAUUGUCACGCAGAAAAAGCAUGUAUCCGUGAAAGAAAAAAGAAUGCCCCAGUCAUUAUAAUGGAUAAUUAUCUGCCAACAAAAAAAAUUUGUGAUGUCAGUUUUGGCAUAGACUCGGAUGAAUUAUUACAAAUUAUUAAUGGUAAAUGUACCAAAGAACAAGCUAAACAAGAUAUCAAUCUUUAUAUCUCUUCUAUGAAAUCACAAGAGAAGGAACGUGAAAAAUCAUUAGAAUUGUCAUCUUCUUCAGUAACAGGUACUGUUGAAGAAAUCGAGAAAGAUAAUGGGCAGAAAUCUGAUAAGUACUCCAGCUCAUCGUCAAUUGUAUCUUUAUCUAAUGAUACUCUUGAAAAGGACGGAAAUAAUGCAUGUACUCCUGAGAGUAAGCUAGUGUUAUUUAAAUCUGGACAGCUUCUGCAUUGGAAAGACGUUGACACAGAUAAAGAAAGUUUCAAUUUUCAUCACAUUGUUCAAUUUUUGAAAAAAUCUUGGGAAAUUCAACAGAAUUGAUGAAAAAUACAGUAAAGAUUUCAUGAAAAUUUAUUAAUUUUUUUGAUCAAUAUGAAUAUAUCUUGCAAGUUUAACAACAUAAAAUAAAAAUUUCACUUAAU